AUGGUCAGCUUCGUGGCUCACCUCCUUCGCGGCCUCGGCAACUGUGCGCGUUCCUUUGAGGAGUCUGGCCUCACUGCACGCUCCAUACGUAGCCGCGCCCAGUUGGCCAAGCAGUACCGCGCUCGUCAUCUCCUGUGUACCCGCGACACGGAUGACGUCUCCAAAACCGACCACAAGUGCUCAGAAGAUUACACUCUGUCCACUUCUGAGUCCGGGGAUCUUCGCUACCACCAGCGAGCAGUCUCAAGGAGGGCGAGCUCUUGCUUGAAAUCAACAAUAGGGGAAAUGAAGAUUAUUGUCUGCGUGCUGAACCCCCAGGGAGAAACCGACCAGGCCGGUGUCCCUGUUGUUCUGGAUCUCCAGUUCGUCGAUGUCAGCACCUGUCAGCCCAUCGAGGGUAUUUACGCCGAAACAUGGAACUGCAAUGCAACUGGAGUUUACUCGGGCGCCCAAGGUAACGGCAACGGAAACUCCGAGGAUGACUCCAUCUUACAGGAGACCUUCCUGCGCCGCGUGAGCAAGACGGGUGAAGAAGGCGUCGUCACAUUCAACACCCUCUUCCCAGGACACUAUGCGGGUCGGGCAACGCACUACCAUGUCCUUGCCCAUCUAGACGCGGCCCUCUUGGAGAACAAUACGUUGACUGGCGGGUCCGUCCCGCAUAUCGGACAGCUCUUCUUCGACCAGGACCUGAUCACUGCAGUUGAGGUGACCUCGCCAUAUAGCUCCAACACCGUUGAAAUCACGAAAAAUACAGAGGACAGCCCUGGUGAGUACCGAGAAUACAGUUCUAGGUUCUUUGUGUCCACGGCACAGCAAGGUUGUUGCUCAAGGCAUAGCUAG